UACCUCCCACCCCCAGACACGCAUAAUGCCACCAGCCUGAGCAGCUCGCUCCUGAGGACCGCAGUGUGCGGGAGGCAGUGUAGCCGGGCCGGGGGCGCCGCCACAGAGAGUGAGGCCAGGGAGUCGGGCAGGGGACAAGGGACAGAGAGAGUCAGGGAGGAGCGAGACCGGCCGACCUGACGCCAGGGAGACGAGACAUGGAGCCAGGGCUGUGUUGCAGGGCUUACCUACUGGCUGGCAGGCUUUGGACCGCCAUCAGCAAGGCGCUGUUUGCCGAGUUCCUGGCCACAGGGCUGUACGUGUUCUUUGGUGUGGGCUCCGUCCUGCCCUGGCCUGUGGCCCUUCCCUCUGUGCUCCAGAUCGCCAUCACCUUCAACCUGGCCACGGCCACAGCUGUGCAGGUCUCCUGGAAGACCAGCGGGGCCCACGCCAACCCCGCUGUGACACUGGCUUACCUCGUGGGCUCUCAUAUCUCUCUGCCUCGGGCUAUGGCCUAUAUAGCCGCCCAGCUGGCGGGGGCCACCGUUGGGGCCGCUCUUCUUUACGGGGUAACUCCAGGAGGUGUCCGAGAGACCCUUGGCGUGAACGUGGUCCACAACAGCACGUCAACCGGCCAGGCGGUGGCCGUGGAGUUGAUUCUGACGCUGCAGCUGGUGCUCUGUGUCUUCGCUUCCACGGACAGUCGGCAGACCUUGGGCUCCCCAGCGGCCAUGAUCGGGACCUCUGUGGCACUGGGCCACCUCAUUGGGAUCUACUUCACUGGCUGUUCCAUGAACCCAGCUCGCUCCUUCGGGCCUGCCGUCAUUGUUGGGAAGUUCGCGGUCCACUGGAUCUUCUGGGUGGGACCCCUCACAGGGGCUGUCCUGGCUUCGCUGAUCUACAACUUUAUCCUGUUCCCUGACACCAAGACGGUAGCCCAGCGCCUGGCCAUCCUCGUGGGCACCACCAAGGUGGAGAAAGUGGUGGAUAUGGAACCCCAGAAGAAAGAAUCCCAAACGAACUCAGAGGAUACAGAAGUGAGCGUGUGACCCUGCACAGCCCCUGGUCCCUCGGGCGUCCAGGGCAGCUUGCCUUGUAUGACCUGGCUUGAGGUGUCCCUGGUGUUGGGGGGAACCAGGAGGCUUGGCCACUUGUUAUAACAGUAGGUACCAGUCUCUGUCCCUGACUAAACUGUUGUUUCUUCUC